UCCACCCCUUCAUUAAUUUGCAUCUGGCUAUAAACAGACUUAAUAUAAUUAUCUAUCAACUUAGCUUCAGGCAAUGGCCAGAUUUGCAUUUGUCUGUGGAGUGAUUCUUGGAAUGCUGGUGGUGGGAGCCAUGGCGAAUGGGGCCUCUUGGGCGGCGUACCCAAGAAAGCUAUUGCAGGGGAAUACAGGGGAGAGGGGAAGCAUAGCAGAUCCACCCCUUCCCGGCGGUCCGGGGUCGGAGUCCGGGGAAGAAGAAGCUGAGGCGCCGGAGAGUGCGGCGACGCACCACCACUCGGACAAGUCGGUCGCCGGCGGGGAAGUCAUCAUCGGCGGCCUUGUCACGGCACUCUUUGCUGCGGUUUAUUGUUACAUCCGGGUCACCCGGAGAAGGGUAGAGGGCGAUCAAAGAAGCGUCUAUUAACAAUGUGAGGUUAAAAAAACUUAAUUAAUGAAAAUAUAAGCUGUACGUGAGUAGUUAUUGUUAGGUUAGGCAUGUGCUUCGUAUUAUUGUACCAUUAAAUUUUAUUAAAAAAAAUUAGCGUAUGGAGUAAUUUGCAUUUGAAUUGAGCUACUUAUACACAGUCAUACCUUAAAAUUGUGUCUCAAAUUGUACAGCGUAGAUAAGCAUCUUCAUCUUGUGUCAGUAUGAUACUAGUGUGAUGAUUCAUACAAACACAAAAUCGAGGUACAGAUUUUUUUGAUCGCACUAGCUAGCAUAUCGUGUU